UCUGCUCUGUUGCCUUGUCCGACAACAGGUGUUCCUAGCGCAGAAGCCGGAGCUCUGUACCUCAAUCUGCAAAACUCCGCCAGAGAUAAAUUUCUCUGGUCCGAAAACGAAACCCUGUGGUACUUCGUCUCAAGUUUCGCUCUAUGCUCCUCGAGCCAGAGAAAGUCAUUGUAGAAGGCUCUAGUGGUCCUGUGUAGUGCGUUCCGGUCUGUCUAGGACAGGGGAGCAGUCGUGUUGGACCAAAGUUUCAUCCGUGCAGAAUUCGAACCACAGAAAAAUGCAGCUGGGAUCUGCGACAGUCUUGCUGCUCUUGACCAGCCUGGUCGUCGUAACUGCUGGGGAGAGACAGCGGUUUUGCUACAAGAGAGUGGGGUACACGCGCAAGCACGGGGAGACGCAGCAUGUGCAGAGGGCAGUGAGCGACGAGUCUUGUGAAGGACCGUCAUGUGUGAAGUACGCCGCAGAUGCCAGGCCGGUCACACACUACAAGACUGAGGUGGUGUUCCGCACGGAGAGGCACUGCUGUGCCGGCUACCAGAGGUCCCCGGACACACCGGACGCCUGCGUUCCCAUCUGCACCAGGGGCUGUCCUCAAGGAGAAAGCUGCACCGCACCCAACAGGUGUGAAUGCGCAGAGGGCCACGAGAGGGACUCAGAGGGGCGGUGCGUCCCAGUUUCCGCGCCGCUGCCGGGAGGAGAACCCAGAACCCUCCAGACGCAGAUCUUGUCAUACGUCAACUUGUUGCUCGAAUGA